AUGGAGCUGUACAGUCACAUUAUUUCUCCACCGUGCCAAAAUGUGCUGCUGGUUGCGAAAAAACUUGGAGUCACGUUAAACAUCAAGGAGACUAACGUAGAAGAUCCCGUAGAGGUGGCCGCUCUAACGAAGAUAAACCCCCAACAUACAAUCCCAACGUUCGUCGACGAGGGGCAUGUGAUCUGGGAGUCGUACGCUAUCGCGAUUUAUCUGGUGGAGAAGUACGGCAAAGACGACGCACUGUAUCCCAAGGACGCGAAGGUCCGUUCCGUCGUUAACCAGCGGCUGUUCUUCGACAUCGGAACGCUUUAUAAGAGCGUCCUCGCCAACAUUGAUGCUGUGCUGGAAGGAAAACAGCCAAGUGAAGAGCUGAAGGAAAAGCUGAAGAAGGCACUCGAUCUGACGGAAAAGUUUGUCACCGAACGAGCGUUUGUCGCUGCCGAUCAUCUGACGAUCGCGGACAUUUUCGUGCUUGGUAGUGUGACCGCACUGGGUUGGGUGAAAUAUGGUUUGGAAGCGUACCCGGGCAUUCAAAGCUGGGUUGCUAAGGUAACGGCCGAAUUUCCGGAUUAUGCUGAAUUCCACAAGGAGCUUACUGAAGGUACCGAGGCGUACAUAGCUGCAAACGCAGCCAAAUCAAACUGA